AGAGAGAGAGAGAGAGAGAGAGAGAGAGAGAGAGAGAGAGUGCUGUGUUGUGUAUAGCUAUAGGGACGCCUAUAAAAGUUUAUCUAAUACUCUCUUUCGAAUUGUGAAAAAAAAAUGGUUUUGAGAGAGAAUAUUAGUGAGAACAUGUCACCACUCCACUUGUCCUCACUCAUCUGUGGAUCGACGUACCUGUGAGAACAGAAUUUUGUCCUUAUAGGGUACUUUCCUCACAACUUCUUUCAAAUGAUUAAAAAUUGUUCCCCACUUUACACAUUUCAUCUCUCUCUCUCGAUCGAUCGAUCGAUCGAUCGAUCGGACCUAUUAAGUGAGGACAGCCUCACAAUGUAUAGAAAAGAAUACACGGAUAUGUUAAUAUAAAGGCAAAAAUAUGAGAGAGAGAGAGAGAGAGAGAGAGAGAGAGAGAGAGAGAGAGAGAGAACUCUCCUGUUUUUAGAGAGCACAAAAAUUACCGCGGGGCGUACCGCGAAAGAGAUAGUGUUUUCUGUUUACCUUGACUUCGAGUUUAAGAAAUAAUCGAUGGAUGCGUGACUUUGGUAUCGACAGCUGAAAGAUGCUGUAACAAUCAGGGUGUCUGAGUGAGUAAGAAAGAAGUCAUGAAUAUUUUAUAGCAAGAAUCUACCAGAGAAAUGGUGCGCCCUAGGCUACAUACACUGGAUCUGUUGUAAAAACUGGACAGCUGUUCAGGAUAGCGAGAUGGUGGUGAGCUUUAUAAGAGAGCUUGUCCAUAAGGUUUUCUAACUUCCUGAAAAUGCCGAUUUUUCGGAAGUUCAUUCAGUUGUUCAUUAUAGCCAUCGUGCAUGUAGAGUCUGUACACAGCCAAUCCACUGUAGAAUUUACAGUGACACCAAAGAGCAUGGCUGUCGUAUAUGGUAGAAGUAUAACUCUGAACUGUGAAGCAAGGCUGGUGUCUUCACCAACAGAACGGCUCUCCUACUCAUGGUAUCUGAAUGGUGGUCCACGUCCCCACGGUAGCUCCAUAUUUGUUAACAACUCCCUUUUGGUUCAGAAUAUCCAGCAGGCAGAAUUAGGAAACUACACCUGUGUGGUGUCCUCAGGGGACGGGGCCUCACAGUUAGCCGUGUCUCCCCCAGCACAAAUCAUCCAUGCAUAUAUCCGUCCAUUCCUGAUGAAUCCUAAGGGCAUGUCUGUGACCGAGGGGGACACAGUAACACUGGACUGUGUGACAGGACAAAGUUCUCCACCCCCCGAGAUCUUCUGGGAGAAAGGUGCUGUUUUGUUUAAAGGUGGAUCUCAGUACAAUGCUACCUUUAAGAGUGCUUCUUCUUUGGGGUUUGUGCAGCAGUAUAGCAUGAAGCUGGUGCUGGUAGCUACUCCGGAGCAUAGUGGAGAAUAUAAUUGUGCUGCCCGGAACACCAUGUUGGGAAUAACUGUCCGUAGUCUGCAAGUUUUUGUGGGAGUUGCAGCUUUUGAAUUUGCAUCCAGACUGGAUUUGAACCUCUAUCGGAGAAGCAUUUUAACUCCAAAGGAUCAGCCCUUUAUUGUUAACUGCCCAAUAAUCGGAUACCCCACCCCUACUAUUACCUGGCAGAAAGGGCAGGUGCCCCUGACGAGUGUCACCACUAACCACACACUCCUGGCCAAUGGCAGCCUGUACUUUCAGUCGUUUCAAUUGGAGGAUCAGGGAUAUUACAUCUGUGAGGGAAGAAACAAAUUAGGGAGGGACAAGUCGCCAGACAUCGUUCUGCAGACAGCAUAUAUUGAUUUUGAGUUUAGUCGACAUCCAACAUCCGAGUAUGCCAUUGCGGGUCUGCCUACAACCCUUCCAUGUGCUCCACCCACUUCAUAUCCCCCCGCCAAUGUCACAUGGUACAAAAACAACCAACCACUGACCAACCAGUUGACCGAGGACAGCAGGUCUGUGUUCAUUGUGGACCCUGCUAAUGGUAUAUGGGACCUGUUUAUCGCUGACGUACAGAGGGUGCAUGAAGGGCAAUACUUCUGUGUUGCUGAGAAUGUGUUUGCCGUUCCAACGUCUCGAACUUCUAAAGUUGCUACACUGCGAGUGGGAGGAGCCCCGACUUUUGUACAGCCCCCAGUGAGCCAGUCUGUUGUUAAAGGUCAGGGUCUGGUGCUGAUCUGUGUCGUCCAAGGCGACCCGGAACCACAAAUCACCUGGUUGUUUAACGGACAACCAGUGACAGACGGAGCUUACACAACAACUUUCAGCAUGAAGAACCAGGAACUCCACAUCGCUAAUGUAAACAAAGCGUGGGAGGGCUACUUCACGUGUAGAGCCAAUAACUCGUAUGGACAAUCAGAGGCCAUGGCGUAUGUAACAGUCAAAGUUCCGGUGGUGAUCACGGACCCUGUGGUCAAUUUGACGGUGACUGUCGGUGAAGAGGUGUUCCUACCCUGUGAAGUCUAUGGAGACCCAGCUCCAAAUGUAACUUGGUACAAAGAUCAGAAAGUUCUCCCUCUCAACACGACUCGAAUUCGUCAAACUGUGGAUGGUCUCUUUAUUAACAAUGUAAACAUGGCCGACGCUGGGACGUACAGCUGUCGGUCAGCUAAUGAGGCAGGAACUGCCCAGUCCUCAGGGAUUCUGACCAUUCAAGCUCCACCCACAUUCAUGGAGUUCCCACAGAAUGUCACCGUGGUGAUAGGUGCUGCAGCAAACUUUUCCUGUAGCGUUGACAGUCAUCCUGCUUCAGCUGUAACAUGGAAAUUUAACAACACCAAUCUACUGCCAGAUGGAAUAUUCAUAAAUGUGGACAACAGCAUACAAAUUAACACUGCAACCUGGCAGCAUGUUGGAAGUUACACAUGUGUGGCAUCUAAUGUUGUGGGCUCCAAGAGCGUGUCUGCAAAGCUCUCACUGAUAGUGCCCCCUAGUGUGAAGUAUAUCCAGGGAGAUCUGAUAGUUGUAAGAAACAAAGUCACCACGCUCACCUGUAAAGCAGAGGGGAUUCCCACCCCCCAGAUCAGCUGGUACCGGCGAGGAGCAGAGAUUGUGUCCACUCCAGAUGGGAGGAUUGUAGUGACCAACGAAAAGCAACUCCUCAUCAAGUUUGCCAAUGCAGCGGACGGAGGGGACUAUGUCUGUUCUGCUAUUAACUCGGCUGGAAAAGACGAAGCAGAAGUAUCUCUACAUAUUGUCGAGCCACCACUGCCUCCAACCUUGCUAGACCCCAUAGCAACGUCCUCAACCUCCGUGACCCUGAGGUGGGCACCGGUCACCCAGAACUGGUACACAUCAGUGACCAACUACAUCGCCUACUACAAACAGAGACAUGAGCUGAUAUACACUAAAUAUGACAUCAUAGCAGGACCCAGUGAUGUUUCACAUAUUGUACAAGGUCUUGAGCCUGGGGUGGAGUACUUGUUUGUGGUAACAGCCACAAAUCAGGCAGGAGAGGGAGAAACAAGUAACAGCAGAUCAACAAAAACUUUUAAUGCAGAUCCCUCUAGUCCUCGGAAUGUCAGGCUGAGUGAUGUCCAACCUAAUUCCAUCACUGUUAGCUGGGAAGUCCCUGAGAGAACCAAUGGGAUCAUUCAAAAGUAUCAAAUCUGGUAUCAGAUCAGGCAAUCAAAUGAAGAACCAGAGAAGAUACUGUUGCGAGCUCCUAUCACAACGUACACCGUGACCGGGCUUCUGCCUUACACUGAGUACCAGUUUAAUGUCAGGGCUGCAACAGUGGAAAAUGACAAGGACUUGUGGGGAAAUUUCUCCGUCAUGGCGGCCACCAGGACAAAGGCAGCAGCUCCAAAUGGGCCACCACUCUCAGUUGAGGCAAAACCUUUGUCGUCUUACAAAGUGGAAGUUUCUUGGCAGGCUCUAGCCAAUGACCAACGUAAUGGACCCUUGAACUUCUACCACAUACAUUACAAAUCCGCGGCACCUACUGACAUCUUUACGGGUGUGGUGUCGGUGAAUUCCACAGAGGCCUCGGCAAUGAUGGAGAAUCUUCACCCCUGGACAGAGUACACAGUGACCGUGGAGGCUGAGAACGUGGCAGGGAGGGGUCCCCCCAGUCCAGAGGUCUCGGUCAAGACCUUCGCUCUCGCCCCCAGUGCUCCCCCCACAAACAUCAAACUGACAGCCGUCUCCAACAGUGUGGUGAACGUCCAGUUUAAGUUACCCGACCCCUCUACAUGGAACAGCGACCUCUCUGGAAUUGUGGUGGAGGUUCAAAAAGAUGGAGAUCAAACUUCAAGGGAGGUUACUCUUCCCACCACACCAGGAUCUUUGCCGUACAACAUCAGUAACCUUGAGUCUUGGACCCUGUACAAUGUUAGAGUUGCCCUCUAUACCUCUCUGGCGGUCAAUGGAACAGGGCCGUGGAGUGAAUGGCGGCUAGUUCAGACCAAACAAUCAGCGCCUGACAAGAUCCGACAGUUUGGUUACCAAGGUACUCCUACCAGUGUCACGGUCUAUUGGUCACCCCCUUUGAAACCUAAUGGAGUAAUUGAAUCCUAUGUAGUGAAGCAUUACCCUUUACCAAGUGAACAGACAAACACACAGGGUGGUCUGUAUGAACUGACAGAAGCUUACAUGAACCCUGUGCCACAUCCAGGGGUUUACAAUGUGUGUGUUAUUUUGGAAGACCUUAAUACCUCAUAUUCCUUACUUUUGGAUGAUAUCCUGCAGGAUAUUGUGAGAAACAGAGAUUCUAUUUCAGAGAGCAAAUACUCAGAAUUUGUUUUUAAUGUUACAAGUCUUCAUUUGUCUUCUAAUAACGUAACAGAAGAACACUUUAACACAAGUCUGCACACAAUUAGUAUGGCAUUUAGUCAGCUGGAUGUGAAUGAGUUGAACUGGAUAUUGACCUGGAGUAAGCCAGUUCUGGAACUUUGUGCUGAUUUACUCUGGGUGAGGAAUGCCCUGAUUUCUCAGGAAACCACAGCGACCCGAACAGUCCUGGAGAAUCUGCAGCCCUCCACACAGUACAUGGUGGGGGUGACAGGCGUGAACUCGGUGGGGGGAGGCACCAUAUCUGUACACACUGUCCAAACUGAUCCUUCUCCCCCUCCACCACCGCCACCAGACACCACUGAGACAGUGACCACAGAGUCCAGCACCGUCCUUAGUAACUCCCAGCCACAGAGUCAGGAGGAGGACAAGCUGCCCGUCUACUUGGGUGGUGUGGCUGCGGGGGCGGUCCUAGUCAUCUUGGUACUGGCCGUGGUUCUGUGUAUUUGCAUCAAGCACAGGCAGAGACAGAAUUUGGCAGCCUAUGGAAACUUUGAAACAAGGUCAUCUGAGGGGAAAUUUGGGGACAUGCCUAGAGAUAGGUCAACAAGCUUAUCCACCAGAGAUGAAGACAACAACAACCAAGACAACCAACGCUCCACCUCCAGAAUCCACUUUCUCGGGGAUGCCGUCAAAUAUGGCACCAGCUCCACUGUGUCAGAAUCCCAGGGCUAUGGUCAUCUGAAGGAGAGCCAAUCAAUGGCUGCCUCAGCCUCAUUUCCUGCAAUCAGGAUCCACAAACCGGAUCAAACUGAUAUCGGUAUAGAAAAUCCCUCGUACAGAGCCGGGGGGUCUGACCCGGGGGAUGAGUGGCGGCCAGACAGGGAAUCUAUCUGUGUCUCCAUGGAUCUGUCAGCGGAGGAAGUGUACUCCAGGGCAUCCACAUUGCAACGAAAAGGCCAAAUGAAAACGGAGAAUGCGGAGGCCAUAGCUGUGAUGCGAAACAGUACCCUGCUGCUGGGUAUCGAUGACACAGACUCUCUCAUUCCUAACGAUUCCGUUGUUGUUUAUGCCGAGAGGACUGCACUCUGAUCUUGCAUUUAUACUGGGUAUUAAGUUCGUGAUCUCUGUCCUUGUCGAUAAUGCUGUGAUAUCUAUGCAAGAUCGUAUCAGCCAAACGCCAAGUAAAGGAACAUUUGUAUGCUGUGUACGUUUUUCUGACUCGGUAAUGGUGUUUUAGAAAUUUUAUACAGAAAAAAAAUGUCCCAUGGUGUAUAUGUAUGAUGAAAAUAACCUGGGUGAAUCUUGAUUCAGAUCAGAUCCUUUGAUCUGCUGUGUAGCAGUCUAUGUGAGCGGAUCAAAGAAUAUGAUUUGAAUUUGACAUUGGGUGGCGUCUUUAUGUGUUACUUGGGGAUAGAUUAUUCUGGAUAUUCAAAAUGUUUAUGUUUUUUUCUGAUUAGUGUAUAGAAGGUCCUUAAAUGCAAUAUACAAAAGUAUUAACACAUUCCCACUGUUUUCUAUACAGAGUGUUCUAUAUUUCAGCUUCACAUUGUACACAGUACUGUAUGUAUUGUAGGGGUGUAACACGAUAUCAGCCGGUACAUCACAAUACACAAAAAAGUUGCAUUGUGGUACAAAAAUCGCAUACAUUUGUCCUUUGAUGUGUCACAUUUUCAUCAUUUGUUUUAAUCAUUUCCUAUCGAAUUUAGGGAAAUACAUGUUGUCCUAGAUUUACAUCAAGCUUCCAAGGUAUGUGUAAAAAAGCAUUCUAGAAUACCCAGUCUUGUAUGCAGUAGUUGUUGAAAAAGAUGGCAUUCAAAUAUGAGUACUUUUGAGAGCUAAAUUUGAAAUAGGGCUAAAAAAAAUCCCAGAAGUACUCGGGAAAUUGUAUUGUUUAUUAUUGUGUUUGAGAGUUUAUGAAAUUUCCAUACGUUAUAAAACAAUAAUGUACAUGUAUCUCUUAUCCUUAAUACUCAUUUUAGAUAAGUGGUAUGACUAGUCACUACCACAUUUCAAAACAGAGUGGCAAUGAAUAAAUUAUUAUUAAAGUGAUAUAUUGCAAUACUUAUCUCAAUACAAUCCCAUUGCAUUGCAAUAUAUCGCAAUAAGCGUUGUCGGUAUCAUUACACCCCAAAUAUGUUACAGGACAAUUAUUGAUAAGUGGUACUGGAAGAUUGUAAGAGAUGGGUGAUUUGUAAGACUGAGGAUGUGAUGCACCCUUUAGAUUUAAAGCUUACAAAUACCAGUAUUUUCUUCAAAGUACAUAUGUAUACAGUGUCAUGAAACAUCUAAUUUAAUAGGUCAUGGUGCAAAUGCAUGGUUGUUUGUAUUUUAUCAAACCAGUGUGAAAUUCUCCAUUGUUUCAUGAUUUUUCUAAUAGGUUGUAUUUUUUGGAAAAUGAAAAUUGGUUGGUUUGAAUAUAAUGCUUUUCUUAUAUGAAUUUUUUCUACAUAUAAAUUUACAGACGGAGAUUGCUUUGUACAUUAACAUUUACAUUUCUUUGAUGCGCUGUUGAUACUAUUUUCCAUUUACCUCCAUUACAAGUCAGGAGUCUCUUGACUCCCCCAGUCCUCGUUGAGAAAAUGCUUACCUGCGCAAUUAGUUUACAGAACUUGUAGGCCCUAAAAUUUCCUGUUACAGUACAACACACUUAUAACAAAGUCAGGCUUAUUACAAAGUGACAAAUAUUCUUUUAUGAGAGGAAAGUAAACAACAUUUUAUUGGAUAUAACAAAAUUUGUUUUUUGCUGGCCCUGGAGGUUUGCUAUAACCUUGUUGUACUGUAGUUUACAGAACUUGUAGGCCCUAAAAUUUCCUGUUACAGUACAACACAUGUAUAACAAAGUCAGGCUUAUUAUGAAGUGACAAAUAUUCUAUGAGAGGAAAGUAAACAACAUUUUAUUCAAUGGAUAUAAUGAAGUUUGGUUAUAAUGAACUGUUUUCGCUGGCCCUGGAGAUUCGGUAUAACUUGUUUGGUUAUAAUGAACUGUUUUUUGCUGGAGAUUCAGUAUAACUGUUGUUUGAUUAUAAUGAACUGUUUUUGCUGGCCCUGGAGACUCAGUAUAACCAUGUUGUACUGUAGUAGUACUAUUCACACAUUGUAUUGACUUACACACAGUGAGUGUGUGCACUUCUUAUUUUGGAAACAUACAAAUAUGCAAAAGAUUUUUUUUCAUUUUAAAUGCAACAGAUUUCACUUUUAUCAUCAUUAGCAUAAGAAAUUUCAUGAAAUGGUGCAUAAUCCUAACUGCAGCAAUCUUCAUUCAGUAUUUUUUAAGCUUUGUCGGAAAAUUAUUACAACACUUUCAAUUCGGUGAUAAUCAAAAUACGCAAUGUUGAUGAUUGUGGUCAGAAAUCAGCCUUGUUAAGCAGUUACAGGGGUUUAUGAGGCACACUAUACUCAAUUAUAGCAUACUUGUACCCUUUACAUAUACAUGUAUACAUUUUACAUUACUGAAGGACAUGUUUAGGAUUUUUUGUUUUUAUUACAUUUUCAGUAGUGUAGAAAUGUGCUUUUUUGAGUUACUGUAAGCCAUUAACACACAUGUAGAAUGUUGUUUGUUUUAAGUUGCACCCGUUAACACUUGUGUGUAGAAUAUUUAUUUUUAAGGCGGAAGUGUAGAAUGUUUAUUUUCUGAGCUAUAUUCAUUGACAAUUUUGAGUUACACCUGUUGUUGCACAUGUAAAAUAAUAAUUUCUAGAGUUAAUCUCAUUGCUAUGUGUGUUGUAUGUUCUUUUGUGAGUCUGAAAAGUUGUAGAAUUAUUUUUACUGGACCAGGUGUAGUUUCAAAGGAAGUUGUUCUUUUGCAAAGAUUUUCUUUGAAUUACGUAAUUUUUAAUUAUUUCAAUGCUGCAUUCAUUUCUGGAAAUAAACAUCGACUUUAAAUUUA